AGCCGCACUGUGUGUGCAGACGGUGAAGCGCGCACGGUAGUGAGAGGACUCGGCAGUAGGGGGACCUCCGAGUCCUAUCCACCGCAAAACGGGCUUUAAUUCCGUUCACACUCCGAGACCCCGUCAAAAUUCCACCGCUGAGAUCCACGCAACCUGCACUGUUACGGAUUUAAUGUUUUUAACAGGCUGUUUUCCCCUAAAGUAAUGUGUUUAUCUGCGCCGUGCAACUCUCGAGAUGUGCUGCAUGGAGGAAAUGAGGAAAGAAUUACACGCAGCGAGGAAAAGGAUGAGUAAAAAGAGAGAAUAAAUCAGUAGACUCAGUGUGUGUGGAUGAGGCUGUGAGAGGGUCAUUGUAUCAGGAUGACGAUGAAAGGCUUGUCCUCCAGCCGUAGCCACCACCACACACUCACACAAUGUGACCCAUCCUACGAAUCUUUGACCCUCCGCCAUGACCGACGACCUUAUGUCCUUAACCAGGGCCACCCAACCGACCACAGCUUCUAUGGGUGCCAGCCUGAUCUGGCCAGCAGCACAUUUCCCCGCCGACAUCAUGGUUUGCAUUACGAGCUUAAGGACGAAUGCGCCAUAGUGCCCUAUGUGGGACCAGGCGGCAUAGCUGGAGGAACUGCGGUUGUGUGCGGCCCAUGCAGCUCGUCUGCUAUCCCAUCAUCCCUGCUAGAGAAGUUUGACCAGCAACAACCAGUGAGGAAGGACGGUUAUCACACUUUGCAAUACAAACGAACAGCGGCACUGGAACACCAGCGUAGCGACAGUCCUGGGCGUAUACGCAACCUUGUACACUCCGUCCAAAAACUGUUCACCAAGUCCCAUUCCCUGGAAGGUCCCAGCCAACGCAGUCUCAAUGGAAAUGACCCCACCAUCCCUGCCGAUGCAAUGGCUACAGCUGCAUCCCAUCCAAAUGUUUCCACCACAACUGUAAGCACCCUACACAAGCAGUCUAGCAACAAGCGGGGGAAGAACAAGGAACGCAGUCGCUCCGAGCCCAAACCUCGUGCACGGACACCCGGGUCAGGUUACUGGAGCUCGGACGACACUCUGAACCGAGAGAUCUGCCUCUACCACCAGCAUCAACCCUCUGGAGUCAUGACCAUGGGCCGGCAUCCGGACAAAUCCCAGUCCCACUACUUCCUGGGACAGAGCUACAACACACUAGGUGGGGGACACUCAUCCCUGAAGACCUCGCGCAGCAACAAUGAUGUUGGAAGUUGCUCCAACUCCACAGGAGGCACUCUAACUUUUGGUGGCCCGAAAUCAGUGGACCAGGUUGGCCCACUCAUCAAGAAGAGCUCCUGGUCAAGCACGCUAACGGUGAGCAGGGCCCGAGAGGUGUACCAGAAGGCCACUGUCAAUAUUGAUAAAGCUGUAGUCAAAGCACCGACCUGCCAGCAGGGACGAACCUGUCAGUUUUUACAGGUUCCUCAGGACGAGUGGGGUGGCUUCUCGCCUGUGGGUCAGGAUGACGAGAUCCCGUGCAGGAGGAUGAGGAGCGGCAGCUACAUCAAGGCUAUGGCAGAGGAGGACAGCGGAGACUCGGACUGCAGCCCAAAACCGUCACCCAAAGUCCAGGCCCGGAGAGCCAGUUACCUGAAAGCCACCCAGCCAUCCCUCACUGAGAUGACCACACUCAAGAUCAGUACGGAGUCCCAUUCCCCCAAGCUGCAGAUCCGGAGUCACAGUUACCUGCGAGCGGUGAGUGAGGUUUCAAUCAACCGCAGUUUGGACAGUCUGGACCCGGCCGGUCUGCUGGCCUCACCAAAAUUUCGCUCCCGAAACGAGAGCUACAUGAGGGCCAUGAGCACCAUCAGCCAGGUGAGCGAGGUGGAAGUGAACGGGCAGAUCGAGGCCGUGUGUGAGAGUGUGUUCAGUGAAACUUCUCAGGCUGUGGAUGCUCUGGAUUUGCCGGGGUCCGGAUGCUUCCGCGUGAGGAGCCACAGUUAUGUGCGGGCCAUCGAAAAGGGCUGCUCGCAGGAGGAAGAAGAGGAGAGAGCGAUACGUCAAGCCAUCUCACCACCUCGAAGUACAACUACUGUUAGAACCAUCCAGAACAGUACAGUGUCAUCAUGUAUAACCACCUACAAGAAAACUCCGCCCCCAGUCCCGCCCAGGUCAACACCCACCAGACCAUACAUCUCUAUAACAGCUCAGAGCAGCACAGAAUCAGCACAAGAUGCCUACAAUGAGCUGACAGGUGCUGGUCCUGCUAAUCGGGCCCUAGCAGCGGUCCAGUCAGGCCUUAGCAACUCCACAGAGAGCAUCGAUAGCAUGAAGGCCCUGACAGCAGCCAUCGAGGCAGCGAACGCUCAAGUCCACGGCCCAGCCAGCCAGCAUGUGACCAACAGCACCAUCACCAUCACUACAGCCACCGCCACCACUAGCGUAACACACAUCUCACAGGAAGCUAAGAGAGAUGCCCUCAGGAAGUGCCUGUCCAUAGGGAUACAGGUGGAUGGUCCUGAGGAAGCCGAUCAAUCAGAAGUGCACUGUAAGUUUCAGUCAGUCGGCGUUCAAGUCGAGGAGGAGCGAUGCCACCGUAGAGUCACACGCUCCAACAGUGUCACCACUGCCGUUCAAGCUGAUCUUGACCUUCUGGAGUGUCUCGGCGAUGACCAGUUCACACAGACCCACCAGGGAUCCAUUGUCCGCCAGCCAUCCCGAGAUGCAGCCACCUCCACUGUCAGCAUCCAGGGAUCUGGGAACCAUUACCAUGCCUGUGUCCAAGAUGACUACACCGAUGUGGGCUUCGACCCUUCCAUUCUGCCCCCUCCAGAUCCCUGGAUGGAUGGAGCCAUGGAGGAGGAAUACGCGAGUAGGGUGUCAGGGUUCGUGUGUCCGCAGGACGGACGCUGGUUUCUGAAACUGCUGCAGGCAGAGGUGGAGAGGAUGGAAGGGUGGUGCAAACAAAUGGAGCGGGAUGAGAGAGAGCAUGAGCUUCCAGAAGACAUUCUUGGCAAGAUUCGCAGUGCGGUGGGCAGCGCUCAGUUGCUGAUGUCGCAGAAAUUUCAGCAGUUCCGGGAGCUCUGCGAAGAAAACUUGAAUCCCAAUGCCCACCCACGGCCUGUGUCUCAAGAUCUGGCAGGAUUCUGGGACAUGCUGCAGCUGUCCAUUGAGAACAUCAGCCUGAAGUUUGAUGAGCUACACCAGCUGAAAGCUAACAACUGGAAAGCACUGGAGCCUCCUGAGAGAAAGGAGAGGCGUGUGCCCCCUCCGGUACCCAGGAAGCAGAGGAAGGGUCCUGUGCUGCUAGUAAGAGACCGGUCUCUGGAGGGCUCCCAGCGGUUGGAGGCUCGGAAGCGGCUGCUAGCGGCUAAGCGUGCGGCCGCCUCUCAGCGCCAGAGCUCUGUCACAGAAUGCGCCGACAGCAUUGAAAUAUACAUCCCAGAGGCCCAAACACGAUUAUAAACACUGAAAUCCAGGUGCUUAGAAGCAUAAGUAGACACACACAUAUAUAACAUAACACAAUAGCACUGGAUGACAAAGGCAGGGUAGCUGUAACAUAAUCACUACUCUUUUCUUGUCUAAAAGAGAGUUUCUUCACUGUGGGACUCUACUGUAUGUAUUUUACUCUCUUCCUCCAUCAUACAUUUGCUAUGUAGCUCCUUUGAUAAACUUCCAAAGACUUUUAAUCUAUCUAUAUAUAUAUAUAUAUAAUUUUUUUUUAUAUAUAUUCAUGUCUAAAAUACACAAUAUUAUUAUGUCGGUUAAUAUUACUACCCAAAUAUAGCACACUACUGAAUUUUAUUAUUUUAUUUGUAGUAUUUUGCAGUUACUGUGUAAGAGCCAUAUGUCUUGUGUUCUCAAAGAGGACAUAACUUCUGCAAGGGCAACAUACCCAUCACUUCUGAAUAUUUUAACGCCAAUGUAGCCAGUCACUAUUUCAGUGUAUGUAUGUAAACGUGUGUCAGGCUUUCAGUACAUGUAUUACACUCUCUCACGUGUCACCCUGCACCUCUGAGACAGGGCGAGGUUUUUAGUAUCAGGUGAUAGAAUGGAAAAAAUACCUUUUCUCUUCUUUCUUUUCAUAUUUUUCAACCUCCCACUCAGUCCUUUCCUGUUCUCUCAAUGCAUCCUAUCUCUGUUCCUGUCUGACCACUAUCUCCCCUUAACAGUGCCACUCACCUGUUUGACUGACAUAGAUGUCCAUCAUGUAUAUCAAAUGUGACAUAUUUAUCUGUCACCGAUUAACGUUUUCACGUCAUUGACAGAGGUGCUGUCAGAACAUGCCACACUUCAUGGCUCUGAUUCAAUUAGCAUUGUUUCUUAUUAAGAAACCAUAUAUAUGGGAAGUUAGGGAUUUCAUUUAGCAUUAAGCACAAUUCACACUGACAGUGAUGCAAAGUCUUUUAUUUUCAAAGAUCUCUGCCAAUUUCUGAUGACAUGAACAAGGCGAUGUGGCUAUAGCAAAUGAAUUACGAAUAUUCUUUUUUAUCGCGACUAGGUCACAAUUGUGAUUUUUUUAUUUUAUUUUAUAAUUGUGAUUGUUGUGACAGGUUUAUGUUAAUUGCGACUUUAUAUCAUGACUUAAUUUUUUACAAUUGCGUUUUUAUAUCACUUUUUAUAAUGUAUCACAAGAGAUUUUAUUAAAUUUUUUUUAUUUCUCAUAAUUUCGAUUUUACGUAAUGUAAUUGCGAUUUUAGAUGCUAAUCGUGAUAUAAUUUUGACUAUUUCUCGCGAUUGCAUUUUAAUGUAUCACGGACACAAAAUAUAUCACAGUUGUGACCAUAUAUCACAAGAUAUUUUAUAUCUCUUAAUUUUUACUUAAUUUAAUUGCAGUUUUAGGUGAUAAAUAUGAUUUUAUUUUGUAAUUGUAACUUUUCGGAAUUAGGUUUUUAUAUCUCAGUUGCAUUUUUAGUAUAUCUCCGUUUUGACUGUAUAUCACAAGAUUUUAUUUCUCGUUAUUGUGAGUUUAUAUCAUAAUAUAGCAGAAGAGAUAUUAUUUCUCAUAAUUGUGGCUUAAGUACAAACGUACAAAAAAAAUUCGAACUUUAAUUCUCACAAUUGCGAAUUUAUUUCUCACAUUGUGACUGUAUAUCUUAUCUAGAUGUCUUAUGGCUCUAUGGCAUAGUUAACAGCAAUAAAAUCACUGUCAGUGUGAACAGGUCGCAACAAGACAUUUUUUAAUUAUGUUGCAUUAAAUAGCUCCUCCCACUGUGAAAUCUCAUUGUUUUGCGCUUCAUAACUAUACAUUAUGCAUCUGAUUGGCUGUGAACAUGUCAUGUCACUCAGCAGUUUCUCGUUCAGUGUGGGCAAAUUAUCUUGGCCGUGAAUUUAUCACAUCAAGUACCAUUUGGACAUUUUGUUAAACGUUCCAUUAGAUUCUUUAAAAAAAAUUACAUUAUUUAGCAUAUUUUGUAGAUGAUGAUGAAUUAUAAAACGCCUUCCUGACUGCUUACUAAUAUAGCUCUUCACUAUAUUUGUCUAAAUGUUUGUAUAAAUUAAUAUAAAGUAAAUAUAAGUAUUUUAUAAUGGAGUUGUAGAGAUAUUUAAAACCUGAAGAAACAGAUUUAAACCAUUUCCUUCUUUACCAUGGCUUUUGAAUUUCAAUAUUGCUUAAAGUCUAAUUUUAAACAAUGAAACUGCGCUGUAACAUCUUAAUAAAUGUAAUAAUACAUACACAUUAGUUAAAAACUCCAAUUUAUUCAUUAUAUUUAUAAUCACAAGUUUGCAUGAUAGUUUUUAUGGGGCCAAAUCAGUCAAGUGUGUGUGUGCGUGUGUGUGUGUCUUCACAUUAAGUCCAUGUAACCAAGUGCUUCCUAAUUAUCUUAAAGGCCUCUCUCUUUUUUUUUUCAACCGAUAUGUAGCACAGUUGAUUCUUUUUAAUAUAGAUAUUCUACUCUCUUUUGUUUUGUUUUUUGUUUCUACUUAUAAUAAGAUGUAUAUACUUUCAGUAACCCUGCGGAGACAGUGCAUGUAAACAUGUAUCAAUGCACAGCACACACCAUCAAUUUAUUAUUUUUUAUAGAUUUGUAAACAGCGCUGCAUCAUAGUUGCACUGACAGGUUACUCAAUACUAGUCAAAACCUAAUUGCACUGUCUCGUUUUCUUCAAUAACUGAUAAUACUAAUUUGCACUUGUUAAAUAUGUUAAAUAAAUGGAGCUAUUUCUUUUUUGUUCUCAGAAUAUGUCACUCUGGAUAGACACUUCACUAUAUAUAUAUAUAUACAGUAUUGUU